GCCAAGCAAGCACCCGGACCUCAGCGAGCCCAGGAAAGACCCGGACAACACCGAGCACAUGAAAAUGCCCCCCCGGAGGAACCAGAAUGGGCGGCGCCAUCCAGGAGGGCGACCUUCCACUUCCCGGGGUACCGGCGGAACCAGCCAGACCAGCCGACCGGGUGGCCAACCCGCUCGGCAGGAGACCGGCCACACCAGCCGACAGGGUGGUCAACCCCGUUGGCGGGAGGACGGCCAGACCAACCGACAGGGUGGUCAACCCGGUUGGCGAAGAACAAGGGGGACCAACCAACAGGGUGCUCAACCCGGUUGGCAGAGGCGGGGUGAUCAACCCUGGCCUCGAUCACAUCAACAGAGGCAGGGCGGCGGAGAUGCGGAGCACCGGAGAGCCUCGAGUGACCAGGCGGGCAGACGAGACUCCACCCCACGAGGAGAAGCGGUUUCGACGGCGGCUGGAGAACCAGCUCGGCGCAAGCCACCUCGCCACACCGUGGCCACCUGGACGGCCCAGGACGGCCAAGAGGCCGUCCACUUCGUGUCCAGGGUGCGAUGGAGGAACCAGCCCCGUCCAAACCCUUCCCAGCUGCCCGCCCAGAUCCCGCAGCCCUUCCGAGGGCAUACGCUGCCCCGUUUUUCGCUACCCGACGACCACCCAGACGCCUGCUGGCUGUGCCAAGUCCCGGUGGUCCACCAGGACACACACGAGGCCAGCCGCCGACACACUGACCUCCUGAAAAACAUGGGCCGCCCCGCCGGCGUCGCAGCAGCAGUACAACUGCUUCGCCGGGAUCGGCCAGACCUUCUAGCUCCGGCGGCUCUCGGCUUCAGCCAAGCUACUGGAAGCCGGAGUCCUGCCCCCGACCAACUGCUCGUUGACGGGUUCGUCGCCGAAAACCCGGCGCUCGGCCCCUUCCCCAAGCACACACCGGCCCCACCAGUGCCGGCCCCCCGUUCGACAACUGCGGCCCCAUCCGCGUCCACCAACACCAGCGACGCGGAGAUGAAUGAGCUGGAGGAGUACUUGGCCAACAGUCCAGCGACCCCUUAUGCUACCGACGGGCCAGAUUCUUUCGUCGACGGAGCCGCCGCCGAAGACCCGGCACUCGGCCUCUUCCUCGAACACGCACCAGUCCCACCGGUGCCGGCACCCCGUUCAACGGCUGCGGCACCAUCCGCGUCCACCACCACCAGCGACGCGGAGAUGGGCGAGCUGGAAGAGUGCUUGGCGGACGGUCCAUCGACUUAGGAUGCUUCGGAACCCCCGGAGUUGGAGGCUUGAGGGGAGGGGAGUGUGGGGAACAAUGAGCCUCACGGCACGCGGAAGGGCGGCGCCGAGAGCGGGGAAGAAGAAGAAAGGAGAGGCUCGUGGUCGGUGCGAGGCUGAGGUUCGAAGGACGGUGGGCCAACAGGACAGACGGUGCCGAGGAGCCUACAAAGAGCCGGACUUCACGAGCCAAGCAAGCACCCGGACCUCAGCGAGCCCAGGAAAGACCCGGACAACACCGAGCACAUGAGUAUCAAUUAAACCUUGCUUAAUGAUA